GCCCCCCGGACACACCCACUGUGAGGACACGCCCUUCCCUGGACACGCUCUUCCCCGGACGUGCCCACCUGGGUCACACCCUCCCAGGGGCCACAAUGUCUGGGUUCCCCCCACAGGGGUGUUCCCCGACCCCCUCCAGCGUCACCCUGGCGGCCACGCCCGUCUGGUGCUUCGCCCGAUUGGAAGAGGCUGAGGGGGGCGGGGCCUGCGUGGAGCUACUGAGCGACGAGCCCGUCCCAUUGGCUGACUGCUGCCUCAACCCUGCCUACGGCUACAGGCUCCGCCCCCACGGCCGCUGCCUCUCCUGCCGACAGGGUGAGUGGGGCCCCUGGGGCCCCUGGAGCAGCUGCUCAGUGACCUGUGGGGAGGGGACCCAGCGGCGGGGACGCAGCCGGAGCUCCGGCGGGGACGAUGGGGACAGGAGGGACUGGCAGCUGCAAGCGUGUCACCUGCCCUGCUGCCCAGAGCCGGGGGGCUGGAGCCCCUGGUCGCCGUGGGGCAGCUGCUCCGUGACGUGUGCGCUGGGGGCCGAGAGGCGCAGCCGGAGCUGCACCAACCCCCCCCCCGUCUGUGGGGGCAGCUGCGGCCCGGGGGCCACCGAGGAGACCCGGGAGUGCCUGGGCAGGGUCCCGACCUGUCCCGUGGGCGGGGCCUGGGGCCCGUGGGGCUCGUGGGGCAGCUGCUCUGGGACGUGCUGGGGGGCGGGGCCAAAGCCGAGGCGGAGCCGCAAGCGCCUCUGUGAUUCGCCGCCGCCUUCGAGGGACCCGCCCGGGGCCCCGUGUGCGGGGAGCGCCGCCGACAGCCAGGAGUGCCCGGGGCUGCAGCCCUGCCCCGUGGACGGCGCGUGGGGGGCGUGGUCAGCGGCCACGCCCUGCCCGGUCACGUGCGGGCUGGGCGGGGUCACGUUGCGCCGCGCGUGCGACGCCCCUCCCCCCCAGCACGGCGGCCGCGCCUGCGCAGGAAAAGACACCCGGCGGGGGGUCUGCGGGCCCUUCGGGGCCUGCCCGGAGGUGCUGCACUGGGGGCCGUGGGGCCCCUGGAGCCCCUGCACCCGCCCGCUCUGGGAGUCCAUCGCCUGCAAGAGCACGGUGGGGCAGCAGCGGCGCACCCGGGACUGUGUGGGGCACGGCCAGGGGGGGCCCUCGUGCCCUGCCGAGGGGGGGCUCGGCACCAUCCACGUCCGGGCCUGCUACAACAUCCAGAACUGCUUCCUGCAUGGGAACUGGUCAGACUGGAGCCCCUGGGGGCUCUGCACCCCCCCGUGUGGGACCAGCCCCACGCGGAGCCGCAGCCGGGAGUGUCGGGCCACCUACCCCUCCUACAAGCUGACGGUGACAAACGUGGGCAGCAGCGGGAGCAGGAACGUGACGUUCUGGGGGACGCCGAGGCCGCUUUGCGAGCCCCUGUCGGGGCAGAGGCUGCGCCUGGAGGAGACCCGGCCCUGCCUGCACGUCCUGCCCUGCCCCCCCGACGAGCCGGGGGCGGGACUGAUGAUGACGUCAUCACGAGCCCACGCCCACUCACAGGAUUUGGAUUAGGAGGGGCGGGGCGGGGGCGGGGCCGGAUGUGAGCGCGCGGGGGCG